AUGCCCUUUUCCCGCCCGAUUCGUCUGAACUGGACAUCUUUGCGAUCGCUGAGACCAUUCCAAACCCCACGGUUCUUUUCCACUUCGCGCCCAUUCUUCAGCAUCGAGAUGGGAACCGUGAAUACCUCCGAGCGCUUGGCGCAGCUGCGCCAGCUGAUGAAAGAGCACAAGGUGGAUGUGUAUAUUGUUCCCUCAGAAGAUAGCCACCAGUCCGAAUAUAUUGCGCCGUGCGAUGGCCGCAGAGAAUUCAUUUCGGGAUUUUCUGGCUCCGCCGGUACUGCGAUCAUUUCCUUGAGCAAAGCUGCACUCUCUACCGAUGGCCGCUACUUCAACCAAGCUGCUAAGCAGUUGGACAACAAUUGGCAACUCCUCAAGCGCGGUAUUGAGGGUAUGCCCACUUGGCAGGAAUGGACAACGGAAGAGGCCCAUGGUGGCAAGGCUGUCGGCGUAGAUCCAUCCUUGAUCACUGCUUCCGAUGCUCGGAAACUCGCCGAGACCCUGAAGAAGAACGGUUCCACCCUGGUGGGUGUCCAGCAAAACCUGGUUGACCUGGUCUGGGGCAAGGAUCGCCCAUCGCGCCCCAGCGAGAAGGUGCGCGUGCAUCCGGUAAAGUAUGCGGGCAAGUCGUUCCAGGAGAAGGUGACCGAGCUGCGCAAAGAGCUGGAGACCAAGAAGAAGGCUGGAUUCGUCAUCUCUAUGCUUGAUGAGAUUGCUUGGCUGUUCAACUUGAGAGGAAGCGAUAUCCCCUAUAACCCCGUUUUCUUUUCAUACGCUGUCAUCACCCCCACCUCUGCAGAGCUUUACGUGGAUGCCGACAAGCUCACCCCUGAGGUGACUGCUCACCUCGGAGAGGAUGUGGUGGUUAAGCCCUAUGACUCCAUCUUCGCCGAUGCCAAGGCUCUCAGCGCCUCCUUCGACCAAUCCAAUGGUGAUGCGCCCACAAAGUUCCUUCUCUCUAACAAGGGCUCAUGGGCCCUUAGUCUCAAUCUUGGAGGCGAGAAACAGGUUGAAGAGAGCCGCAGCCCCAUCGCCGAUGCCAAGGCCGUCAAGAACGAGACUGAGUUGGAAGGCAUGCGCGCUUGUCACAUUCGUGACGGUGCUGCAUUGACAGAGUACUUUGCUUGGCUCCAGAAUGAGCUUAUCAACAAGAAGACCGUCCUUGACGAAGUCGAUGCUGCGGACAAGUUGGAACAGAUUCGUUCCAAGCACGACCUCUUUGCCGGUCUUUCCUUUGAUACCAUUUCCUCCACUGGCCCCAACGGCGCUGUCAUCCACUACAAACCUGAAAAGGGAAGCUGCUCGAUCAUUGAUCCCACCGCCAUCUAUCUUUGCGACUCUGGAUGCCAAUACUUUGAUGGAACUACCGAUACUACUCGCACCUUUCACUUUGGCCAGCCGACCGAGUUCGAGAAACGGGCGUUCACUCUGGUUCUCAAGGGCUUUAUUGCCAUUGACACGGCUGUGUUCCCCAAAGGCACCAGCGGCUUUGCCAUCGACGUUCUGGCCCGCCAAUUCUUGUGGAAGGAAGGUCUUGAUUUCCUCCACGGCACCGGCCAUGGUGUCGGCUCCUACUUGAAUGUCCACGAGGGCCCCAUGGGUAUCGGUACCCGUGUGCAGUACACCGAGGUCCCUAUCGCCGCCGGAAACGUGCUCUCCGAUGAGCCUGGGUACUACGAGGAUGGCAAGUUCGGCAUUCGUAUUGAGAACAUCGUUAUGUGCCGCGAAGUCAACACUCCCAAUAAGUUUGGCGACAAGCAGUGGCUUGGCUUUGAGCACGUCACGAUGACCCCCUUGGGUAGCAACCUGAUUGAGCCGUCUCUACUGAGCGAUGCAGAGCUCAAGUGGGUGAACGACUACCACGCCGAGGUCUGGGACAAGACGCACCACUACUUCAAUGAAGAUGAAUUGACUCAGAAGUGGCUUGAACGCGAGACCCAACCCAUUUCGAAAUGA